AUGCCGGGACCACCGAGAGUGUCCUACAGCAACGCUCUUAGCUCCAAGAGACGAUGCCCCAUUGCACCACCAAGAGGUCAGCCAUACUCAAGCAUCCCUCGCGCUCCCCAGAACCUGGGUGCCAGUAGGGCACAAGGAAUGCAACCUGCGAAAAUGCAAAAUGCUACCAUGUCGAAAGUAACCGAAAAGUUCGCCCGCAUGGACCUGAAUUGGACGAAGAUGAAGAAACAAAUCCUCGACAAAGACCGCUGCAGAGUCGGCAUGAUCAUCAGGGCACCUUUGCAUGAGCAAGACUGGCAAGCCGGCGCCACGACCAACAGCACGGGCCCCAAGGGCGAUGAUUUUGAGUCCGGCAAAUCCGACAUCACGAACGACAGGUCUGUCUCAGAAUGGAAGCACGGCUACAUCCACACCAAAGUGCGUAUCUUCGUUGUGGCAGCGAAGUUCCACCGCCACUUUUUGGCCGCUCCGGUCUACACUCACCGCCACAGAGGGUUGCGGAAUAAGAACAGGGACUACCAGGAAGAGCACGUAUCGAUCUUUGACAAGUCCCACGGUCCUAAGAACCCGGAGAGAUUGCAGGAGGGACCGCAUCCGUAUCUCUAUGCCGACCUUGGAGAUCACGCACCGCAUUAUAAGACUAUGAGUACCAUUCACUUCACUCGUCUUGUUCCGCGGGGCUAUGGUCUCGAGUGUUCCAUUGAGGGAGACUUGAACGCGAAAUCUCUGCCUCUCUUUUUGAACCACUGCAAUGACGCGACUCAGAAGUUCAGGGCGACUCGGUAG